AUGCCGAUACACAGACCCAAGUCGGCCCGUAAACCUCCAUUCCCACCUCGUUCUGCCAAGACACAAUACACGCACAAGUCUACACACACCCACACACAGCCCCCCGCCCGCCAGGAUCGAUCCGAGGGCGCCUCGCCGGUUCCCCUCCACCCCAUCCCCCGGGCCGAUGCCCGGCCGCCGUCCCGGCAGGUCAGACCCCGGCUCGGAGGAGGGGGGAGGGGGGGAGGGCAGGGGCCUACUCACCGGGCCCGGGAGCCUGGAGCGCCGGGGGUGCGUCGGCCGACCCGGGCCCAUGGCCGCCGCCCCCGCCCCAACACCCGGUGCCCGACAGGCCGGGCCCGGAGGCCGCCGCCGUCGGGAGGAGGGAGCGUCCACGCCCGAGCCGUCCGGCCGGAUGGAACGCCAGCGCCGGAACGUUCCGGUGUGAGUGUGUGCGCGCCUCAGCCAAUCGCGUGCUCGCCCGCCCCCCGCGGCCGGAGCGAGGCUGGCGGUGGGAAGAGGAAGAAGAACAUUCACCCUCCUCCUCCCAGCGCGCGGGCGGGCGGCGGCGGCGGCAUCGGGGUCACGAACUCUGACCUUUCACUGACAAAAACAAUAACAAACCCCCCCCACCCCAAACCUCGGCCGAACCUCCGCCCCCCCACCCCCCGGCCCCGGCACUCCUCCGCGGCGGCCCGCUGCCCGCGGCCGGGAGAAGCUGCUCCCCCCGGCGCUGCUCGCCUGCCCGCCCGCCGCCCGCGGGAAGCGGCUGCCCCGGCCCUCCGUCCCCCCCGCCGCCCGCCCCCGCCGCAGACACGGGACCAGCUUCGGGGUCAGAUUCGAAGCCGCUUUGGCGCCAAAUCCUGA